AUGCAAACGGAAAGCCAGGAUAUAUCGAUGAACUUGUCGACAUUUUUCUUAAAGAAUGUUGGAGUAUGGAUGUCUGAUAAUCCUAGUGAACAACGUCAGAUCAAGAUGUUGCUUAUCAAUACAACUUGGAUCUUGUUGUCUGGUAUAGUCAUCAAUGGUAGAGAUUUGUAUUUUACAUUGUUGUACGACGGCGAUAUUCUUUAUUCUAUAACGAAUAACAUAACUAUGAUAAUGGCUUUAAUAAAAAUAUGCAUCAUAUUAAUAUAUAAAGGAAAAUUUUUAAAUCUAAUUGUGUACAUGCAACAAAAUUUCUGGAGCAUCAACUACGAUUAUCGUGAAAAAGAAAUUUUGGACGAUUGCAGAAAAACAUGCAUUUUCUUCGUCUCAUCUCUUACCACCAUGGUCAUAUGCGCUAUGAUAUCUUAUCUAAUAAUACCAUUCAUUGCACAAAGUGGAAACAAUGAAUCCGAGAGAAUGCUUCCGUUCAAUAUGUGGAUAAAUUUACCAUUAUCAAAGACUCCUUAUUACGAAAUAAUGUUUCUUAUACAAGCAAUGUGUGUAUAUUACAUUGGAAUCGCCAGUUUUUGUUUCGACAAUAUUUUCUGCAUCAUGGCCGUACACUUGGCAGGACAAUUUCGCAUACUUCAGUAUAGGCUUACGAAAUUAUGUGACAUAGAAUGUGAGAUAUAUAAAAAGGAUUCGAUAUUGACAAAUCGAAUGCCCGAAUUUUACGAGAAAUUUAGGAAAUGCGUAAAACAUCAUCAAGCAUUGAUCGAUUUCUACCAAAACCUUGAGAACGUGUAUACCAGGAUUGCGUUUGGAGAAAUGUUGGUAUAUAGUAUAUUAAUCUGCUUAUUUGGAUAUCAAGUUUUAGUGGCUACCGCUUCUUUUGCCAGACGUUUCAUUUUCGUAUUCCUGUUAAGUGGCUCGACGUUUUUAUUAUUUAUGGUCACCUACAGCUGCAACGGUGUGAUAGAGCACAGUGAUAACGUUGCUAUAGGAGCUUACUCAGCACUGUGGACGAUUAUGCCAAUAGACAAAUUUGGAAAAAUGCUUCGAAAAGAUUUGAUAAUGGUGAUUAGGAGAUCUAGGCGAGUUUGUUGUCUGACCGCGAAUGGAUUUUUCCCUGUGUCAUUAGAAUCUUAUACUAAAAUUUUAAGUACAGCUCUAUCGUAUUUCACAUUGCUGAGUAAUCGCGUGGAAACCGCAAAUGACACGUAAUUAAUAACAACUUUUCAAUAAUACAAAAUAUCUCAGAUCAAUCAUUGCACAUUCAAAUCCAUUAGACAAAGGAAUGUAACGAAGGUGUAUAAUUUUUUCGAAAUAAUAUAAUGACAUUGUAUUAUUAAUCAUUAAUAUUAUAAUUAUAAAUAAAAUAAUGAAUAACCACUAUUAAACUGGAUUUGUACGCGAAUACAUUCUUUUUAAAAUUAUAAAAGAUUAAAUUUUCGAUAAUGCUUCAAACGUCCAAAAAUUACAAAACAGAAAGAAAGAUGAAAAAUGCUGCAAAAUCAAUCCGAAUCAAUCGAUUAAAUAAAGAUCCAAUUAAUUUCAAUCAUAAAACUUUUUAAAUCAAUAUUUUUCCAGAAAUAAACAUAUUUACUUAUCUAAUUAUUAAACUUAUUUAUUUAAUUAAUACGUCAAUUGAUUAGGAUUAAUUUUUUAUAUAAAAUACAAAUAUAUCUAAAUUAUUAAUUACAAUAACUCUUACUCACAGUUCUCAUUACUAUCAAACAGAAUUAAAUAUCCAAAUUUACUGUUUCUAUCUUCUUCCA